AUGCAUCUACGUAGGCUUGAUACUGUUUUAGCGUACACGGACGGCGUCGCAUAUCUGACAAGGCUCGCGGCCUUGGCGCUCGCGAAAUUCCCCACAGUAGUCUCAUCGCCGCUCGCCAUCGCCAUCGGCAGUCGCCCCACGUGCUGCCCCGGCAGAUGCGACUAUAUAAGAGAGGACAGCGCCCAUCCCACUUACAGUCCGACCCGUCUGCACGAGCGGCUCUUCCAGUCUCGAGAUGAGGACUCUGACGCUGUUGGUGCUGGUGGCGGCCCUGGUGGGCGUGGCGCUGUGCGUCCCGCUGCCGCUGCCGCUGCCCGGCCCCGUGCCGGCCGCCCCCGCCGCCCCCGCAGCGCCCCGCGAGUCGCUGCGCGCCAGCGAGCAGUUCUACUACCCGUACGCCUACUCGUACUACCCGUACGGGUACUACCUGCUGGGCUGAGGCGGCGCCGCCCCCCACCCGCCACUGCUCACCGACGCCCGCGACGGACUCUCCACGGACCCUGCUUUCGCUUUCUCUACUUGUCAAUUAGCCUUGUAGCGCAUAAUAAACAGACACUCCUGGCCAAACUGCGUCUCUUAUUUGACAAAAUAACUGCCAAUUACCACACCUAUGCCUGUUUGUGCACUUCUGUGAUUCUAGUAGGGGAAAUAUGUUCUACCUUAGCAAAUUUUCCGACGUGCGCACUGACCAUGUUAAAGAAGUUAAAAUAGUUUAUUAGUCCAUUU